AUGCCUUUGAAGGUAUUUUCUCAAGAUGCAGAUGUGAGUUUGGGAUGUAACAUCCCCAGAGAAGACGCAGAGCAGGAGGAAGAAGAGGAGGAAAUGGCAGCUUCUCAGGGGCUGCCGACAUUCCAGGAUGUGACCAUAGAUUUCACGCAAGAGGAGUGGGAAUGCCUGGACCUCGGUCAGCGGGAACUGUACAGGGACGUAAUGUUAGAGAACUACGGGAAUCUGGCCUGCUUGGGUCUUGUGGUCUCUAAGCCGGACCUGGUCAUGUUUCUGGAGCAAAUGAAGGAUCCCUGGGAUGUAAGGAGAAUGGAGACAGCCCAAAUCCAUACUGGGGAGAGACCUUAUAAAUGUACAGCAUGUGGCAAGGCUUUUAAGCAGAGUUCAACGUUAAUUCAGCAUCAGCGAAUCCAUACUGGGGAGAGACCUUAUAAAUGUACACACUGUGGCAAAGCCUUUAUCAAUUAUUCAUUUCUUACUCGACAUGAACGAAUCCAUACUGGGGAGAGACCUUAUAAGUGUACAGCAUGUGGCAAGGCUUUUAAUCAGAUUUCAACUUUAACUCGACAUCAGAGAAUCCAUACUGGGGAGAGACCUUAUAAAUGUUCAGCAUGUGGCAAGGCAUUUAAGCAGCGUUCAGAUUUAACUGAACAUCAGCGAAUCCAUACUGGGGAGAGACCUUAUAAAUGUACAGCAUGUGGCAAAGUCUUUAUCCGUUAUUACUUUCUUACUCGACAUCAGCGAAUCCACACUGGGGAGAGACCUUAUGAAUGUACAGCAUGUGGCAAGGCUUUUAAGCAGAGUUCAACUUUAACUCAACAUCAGCGAAUCCAUACCGGGGAAAGACCUUAUAAAUGUAUAGAAUGUGGCAAAGCUUUUAUCCGUUAUUAUUUUCUUACUCAACAUCAGCGAAUCCAUACUGGGGAGAGACCUUAUAAAUGUACAGCGUGUGGCAUGGCUUUUAAGGAGAUUUCAACUUUAACUCAACAUCAGCGAAUCCAUACUGGGGAGAGACCUUAUAAAUGUACAGCAUGUGGCAAGGCUUUUAAGCAGAGUUCAACUUUAACUCAACAUCAGCGAAUCCAUACUGGGGAGAGACCUUAUAAAUGUACAGCAUGUGACAAGGCUUUUAAGCAAAGUUCAGGUUUAACUGAACAUCAGCGAAUCCAUACUGGGGAGAGACCUUUUAAAUGUACAGAAUGUGACAAAGCCUUUAUCAAUUUUUCAGUUCUUACUCAGCAUCAGCGAAUCCAUACUGGGGAGACACCUUAUAAAUGUACAGAAUGUGGCAAAGCCUUUAUCAAUUUUUCACUUCUAACUCAACAUCAGCGAAUCCAUACUGGGGAGAGACCUUAUAAAUGUACAGCGUGUGGCAAGGCUUUUAAGCAGAGUUCAGCUUUAAAUAAACAUCAGCGAAUCCAUACUGGGGAGAGACCUUAUAAAUGUACAGCAUGUGGCAAAGCCUUUUCCCAGAGUUCAAGUCUUUCUCGACAUCAGAGAGUUCAUACUACAGAGAAAUGUUAGAAAUGUAAGGAAUGUGGCAAAGGAUUUCCUCACAGUCAUCACCUCACUCACAGUCAGAGAAUUCAUACUGCAGAGAAACCCUAG